CUUUUCGGAAGAAGAUCCCGACAAAGCGGCCCUAUUUCUUUUCUAUCAGAAAAAGUCGAAUAACCCGAAAACCGACGAUGUACGCCAGGACAAAUACCGGCAGCACACACGGAGACUUUCAAGAUAGAAAUGGAGUGAAUUAUGUGACAUCGACAGAGUCUUUCGGCCACUGCUCUCAAUUGUUCUGGAAAAAGGAUCCCAACGACACCGGACCGAGUUCGACCAUCAGCUGGUGCGAUCAGCUCCCUUCGUCCUCAGCAGCCCUUUCCAGUUCCAGUCUGUCCUCAGCGUCACUCUCCAGCUCCAGUCUCUCUUUAGAGUCCAGAGCACCGCCACCAGUAACAACGGCGUCAGACGACAUGGAAUCAGACGAGAGGCCGUAUGUCUGUGACCUGUGCACCUGCGCCUACAAGCAUGCCAGCUCCCUGCUCAACCACAAGCUCACCCACAAGACUGGAGACUUCAGGUGUGACUUUUGUAGCAAGCCCUACACCAACUACAUGUCCCUGCGCAAUCAUAUGCGAAUCCACGGUCAGAAGCGCUACAUGUGCGAUCUGUGCGGGAAGGCCUUCCGUCUGGCCCGGUACCUCCGUAACCACCAGAGGAUCCACGAUGACGGGCCUAACCGCUUCGACUGUCCCUCCUGCUGCAAGAGCUACAGGACCAUGCUGGAGCUGGCCCAGCACCGCUGCACUGCUGCUGUGACCAACCAGAACCGGUUCAACUGCCCGUCCUGCUUUAAGAGCUACAGAACCAUGCUGGACCUGGCCCAGCACCGCUGCAGCGCCGCGGCCAAAAACCAGUCUGCUGGAGGUGCUGCUGGUGGUGGUGGUGGUGCUGCUGGUGGUGCUGGUGGUCGUCGUUCCAAUUACUCCAACACUCAUCGCCGUCAGCAGCAGCAGCAGCAGCAGCAGCAACAACAACAGCAAAACAGUGCUAACUCCAUGAUGCAACCGCAGCAUGGAGGACACAGCCAGCAGGAACCUCUGUCCUCCCACUGCGUCUCCCCCAUGUCCCAGGGAGGGCAGGGCGGUGUGAGCAGCCAGCCGGGGUCUGACCCCCACCAGCAGGGCCGUCCCAGCUCGGUGUCCUCCCAGAGCAGCCAGCAUAGCAUGAGGAGCUCAUCUUCCAACAAACACAUCUCCUCUUCCAGUGCCACCCCGUCCUCCUCCUACUCCCUGCUCCAGCCCCUGGUGCCUGAGGUAAAGGAGUUGAGCUCGGGAUACACUAGGCUGAGCGCCAACCCCAUGCCGAAGCACCAGGACACUUUCUCCCUGGCCCCCCAGCGGCCCCUCACCACCAUCAACCCCAUCGGCCACUCCCUCCAUCCGAACGGAGCAUCCACGCUCAAGCCUUCCCCCGUGCCACGCACCAUCCAGGCCAUGCCCUGGGAGCAGCGCUCCCUCUACAAUCAAUGAGACUCCCAGGAGCCACCCUUCCACCACCCCCACACACCCUCCUCAUCCUCCCCACCCCUUUCGGACCCAGCAUCAAGGAGGGGAGGACUUUGGACGCCCCUCCAGCGCCUCACCCCACCUUUGGAACGUUGUGUUUGGGAUCGGGGAAGGGCACCAUUGAGAACUAGUUGAGAUUGAUUACUGAGUAGUUAGGUUAAAAAAUGUGUUGCCUUGUCCCUCAUGUAUGAUCUAUGCCAUGUACUGGAUAUAAGUUAAAAUGUCUGUCCUCUCACUAAGAAUUUAUCUUCCUCUCCCACUCUAGUUAUGAAAAUAUCUAUCCUUCCCAUUAUGAAUAGUGUUUCUCUCCGCCCCCGCCCCUUUUCCAUGUUAAAUGAAAUGAAAGGCUAUUUUUUAUCAGGAUAGUAUUUCAAACCCUGAACGACGAAGGAUUCAGAUUCAGAUGACUGAAUCUGAACAUUCCAGGGUGCCAAAAUGUCAAAGUAAAUGUGACAAAAUUCUCCCUUCAGUCAAAUUAUGUUUCUGAACAUAAAACCCAACAUUUUAGUGAAAUGAGGCUUCUAGAAGAAGUGGAAACUUCCUCCUUUUUUUACGUAGCCUUUCAACGUGCUCCAGAAUGAAGAUUGUGUAUAUUGUGCGUUAAGAGGUGUCAUGACUAUUCCCAAAAGCCGUUUCCAUUCUCCCUGACGUCACAGUGCCCACACCUCAUCUCACAGCCUCCACAGCAGGGACACGACGGAAGAGCCCAGCUGACUGUUGUUGUGCACAACAUGUUGACAUGUGCAUGCCAGUUUGGCUUCUCCGUGAUGUGAAGACUGAAGCCCUGCUGUUGAAAAGGACCUCAACAUUACUAGCAACAACCACCGACGAGGACAGUUUGGCGCAGUUACCUUCUUUUAACACACAACUGAAAGCUCACUUUUUUCUAAACUUGCAUCUGACUGGUGGCUUGUUGUUAUUGUAGUUUUAAUAAUCUGUUGGCUGGGAAUCAAAUCUAGAAGAUAACAGUACACGUCUCCAUCCCUUUUGUUCCAAACUGACUGUUAACAUGUUCGUUCCUUUCACUUUAAAGCACUUUAAGACAAGUGCUGUAUAAUUAUUACUGUCUCUGCCCCCCCCCCCCCUCCCCCUGUCUAGAGCAGUGUCUGCUGUGAAGAUGUAACAUUGCCUUACAUCAACCCCUCAUCCCGACUCACUCACAUGAUCACCAGUGACUUAGCAGCAGCACUUCGGCCACUUUGAGCCCAUGGCUGCACCUGGAAGCUACAGUGGCCAAAAUACAGUAUGUGUGCAGCUCUGGAUGCACCCACCCCACCAACACAGCUCCCACACACCCUCCAGUGUUGCUUUUCCUCUAGAAAACGUCAUGCCUGCGUCUCACUGCUCCCAGUGGGGGUUUAGUUAACACCUACCUGCAGGGUGUUUCAAUAAGCAGCCAGUCACAAUUGGCCAGAUAACUCCAAAUACAUGCAUAAAAGAUGAAGUGAAUUUUGUAAACGGUCAAUUUGAUGAGUAACAUUUUAAUCAUGUUCCAAUAUGUAGUUCUGUUACGUUAUCUCGCUAACAUGGUGUUCAUUGAAAUACCCACAAUUCUACUGACAUUGUAUUUUCUCUUUUUAAAGUUGUUUCUAUUUUUA